GUUGUGGAUAGAAAAAUCUAUCGAACAGCUAUAAAAAGGCAAUCACCUCAUCACGAUCUUUGGUCUGAUAGUCUUAAAGUUCUGUCUACUAUGUACUUUGUUGAUAAAAAUGGAAAAAAAAAUAUUGUUCCAUCACUAAAUAAUUGGAAGAUAACUAUUAAAGGUUUCCAAACACUUUUUAAAAUGUUAAUCAAAAUUGGUAUUCGUUCACUAUUACCGCGACAUGUGAAUCAAGACUCAUUAGAAUGUUUUUUUGGCGCAGCACGCAGUGUAAGUUCAAGCAACCCAUCAUACCAUGCUUUUGCUUCAGCUUAUAAGACAUUGCUAUUGAAUAAUUUGAUAUCGUCGAAUGCACCUGGUUCAAAUUGUGAGGAUUUUGUAGAAACAAGUCUGACAUCUUAUAAAAAUUUAUUCCAGAAUAGUCAAGAUGAUUCAGUUAAAAAUUUUAGUAACUAUGAAUUUUCUGUUUCAUUACCAGUUCAGAUUAGUAACCCUCCAAUUAAUGUUAAUUAUUUACGUGGACAAGUUCAAACCUAUAUAGCUGGAUACAUUAAAAAAAAAUUAAUUAAAACUGUUUUUAAAAAUUGUCAUCAUUGUCUUAAACAACUCUGUGCCAACAAAGUUACAAACGAGCACAACCUUAUUUCAGCCAGAGACUUAAAUACUCAGAGAAAUGUUCCUUAUGAAAAAUAG